AUGGAUCAUCUUCGUUUUCUUCUGGCUCUGCUAAUUAUAACAUCGGCUUCAUCCAACUGUCACUCGUGGGGUUGGUUCUCUUCAGAAGAGACCUCCUCUAAUGAGAACCCUUCUCGUUCGGUUGGUAAAUUCUCCAUGGAAGGUGUUAAUGACCAGAAGGGGGUCAGGCUAGUUGAAAAUGCUAAGGCGAAAUUGGUUGGUUCAGACUCUUGUUGGCAAAAUGCUUAUCGGCAUCUCUUUUCUGGGUGCUCGGAGAUUUUCGCUGUCGAAGAGAAGCGGUCGAGAUUUGCUUGGCAUCUUAGUGAUUGUUUUCAGAAGGACUCCGGCAGGCCUCCUUUUCCUUCAUGUGACCCAAAAUCUGUCAUGUAUAAAUGCCUGAAAAGUUUGAAUGACUAUGAGCAUAAGGUCUAUCUGGAAUUCUACCUUGAGACCAAUUCAAUCUGCCAUCAGUUACAGUUGAGUAUACUAAUAUCUUCCAUGGCUCGAGUAUUUAAGCAUGAAACAGAGAGACUGGUGAAUGAACUUAAAAAUUCAGCCCAAUAUGCAGAAGGCAAGUUGGAAAAAAUUGAAGAGAAGGCAGAGUAUCUACUGCAGGGCUCAAAUCAGAUAUACGAGUCUUUGAAUUCGAUUGAUGUUCGAACACAGCAAGUUGCUCAAACUGCAAAAAAUGUGGAAGAUCAUGUAGACGUCGUGUUGAAGCAUUCGGCAGCAGUUUAUGAGCAAUCCAGGAAAAUCCAAGCUUCUCAAUCAGAGCUGCAAGAAGGACAAGUAGAAAUGAAGAGAAACUUGAAAGAUGGGAUGGCAAUGCUUCAAGAUUCAUACAGCCAUUUGGGUCAAGAAAUUGAUAACUUAAGAAAUGAGGCAGUUGAAAUUGAAAAGGAGAUAACUAAAGUUGGAGACCAAAUGUCAUCUAGGAUGGAGAAUCUGCAAAGCAAAGCAGAUGAUAUUGGGAAUAUAGCUGGGGUCUCUUUGGAUAAGCAACAUCAGCUUCUCGAUGGACAGACGACUGCUCUCAAGGAUCUUCAGUUUUUAACAAAAUUUCAAUCUGAAGCAUUAGAAGAGAGCAGGAGUACACUUCAUCGGUUAGCUGAAUAUGGCCAUAGACAACAAGAAGAGCUUCUUCAAAAGCAACAACAGCUUCAACAAGUUCAUGAUCACUUGAUGGAAAAUUCAAAGUCAAUCUUGGCAGCUCAGGAAUCUUUUGAAUCAAAGCAAGCCAGCAUGUUCAUUGCAUUAGACAAGCUAUUCACUUUGCACAAUGCUAUGUUGCUUGAAUCGCGCUUAAUCAAAGCUUUCUUUAUUUACUUUAUAUCGAUGUUUGUUAUCUACAUGUUCACAAGCACAAAGCAAACAUACACAGUUAGACCUUGGCUUUAUAUUGGGCUGUGUGCCACAUUCUUGAUAGAAGUAGUGACAAUUCGGUUCACCCCAAUCGACAUUCAACAGCAAACAUGGAAAAUAAACCUUUUCCGAUCAACCUUUGCUGUAAUUGCUUUAGUUAAGCUAAUACAUGCAAUUUUCACAUACAGGGACUAUGAAGUGUUGAACAAUCAGUUGUUACAUACAUUGAUUGAGAAGGUUAAUGGCAUGCAAAGAUACCAGAAGUUGUCAUGGGAGGAAGAUAGUGAAUUUAACUGGUCCUCUUGGAUUGACACCAACUUACAAGAAGACGUAGACAGUUCUGAAGACCCUGACUACUUAGUUCCUGAAGAAGUUGGGGAAAAUUUUAUCACGGCUUCAACUAUAAAAGAAUAUGAUCUCCGCCAGCGUCUUCUUCGUUGA